CGAACCUCCCCGAUUAUUUAUUAUACUACCCUUCCUUGACCUGAACUAGAGGCGUCCCUUAGUGCGUGACGUCAGAGGUAGAGAUGUCAUGGCGUCUGUGGAGUCGGAGCAGAAGCUGCAAACCAGAUAAAGAUUGAGCGACAGCAGGGAUCGACAUGGAGAACAAUGCAGAGCCGCAACAGGACCUCGCAGGGGGGACAGCGUGCUCAUCCACACCCGUGGGAUUGAGCGAGAAAAAAGCGAUCAGUGGUCUGAAAAACACAUCUGAGAGCUGCAAAAACAGUGAAGCUACAACUGCUGUUGCUGUUGAUUGUAGUGCCGUAGCUUGUGUGGAUAAUCAAAAAUCUAACAACAAUUCUGUAAAUUGCUCCUCUUUGCCAGUUAAAGGCACUGUGUGUCCGUCAGGAUCCGUGAAAAGUGGUCUGGUAGAACAGACUAAUAAUAGCAAUGGGAUGGGACAGACUCAACCGGGUGGUGGUGAUGUUGGUGACACGACAAAGGUAGUAAACAAGACGAUCGAGACUCCUGCAAAAACGGCAGCGGGGAUUAUAGAUGUCAUGAAAGGUGUGAAUAAUGAGGACUCGGCAGGGCAGCAGAAGAUUUCUCAAGGGACUGGAACUUGCCAGGACGAGAAGACACCACCGUCAUCAACAAGAAGUUUGAGUAAAGCGGCAGUGUCAAGUGACAGUGUGGCCGAGGAGCUGAGUGGGAGUGACCGGAGCGCCCAAGGUGAAUCCCUGAGCAUUACCUCUCUGGAGUCCUUUUCCAACCUGAACCAAUCCGACAACAGCGAGGGAGCUGAUGAUGGGGUGCUGGCGCUUGCUCUCCAGACCGAUGAAUACGACAGCGCAGGGGGAGAUGCUAAACUGGCUGCAUUGAUCAAGGGUCAGUCCGUUUACCAUAUCAAGUGGAUACAAUGGAAGGAGGAAAACACGCCGAUUAUCACCCAGAAUGAGAACGGGCCGUGCCCCUUGCUUGCAAUCAUGAAUGUGCUUUUACUGGCGUGGAAGGUGAAGAUGCCGCCUAUGAUGGAAGUGAUAACCGCAGAACAGCUGAUGGAAUAUCUAGGAGACUACAUUCUUGAUGCCAAACCAAAAGAAAUCUCUGAAAUUCAGCGCUUGAACUAUGAGCAGAACAUGAGUGAUGCCAUGGCGGUCUUACACAAGCUGCAGACGGGUCUCGACGUCAACGUGAAGUUCACGGGCGUGCGAGUGUUUGAAUACACGCCGGAGUGCAUCGUCUUCGAUCUGCUGGAUAUACCCUUGUAUCACGGCUGGUUAGUGGAUCCACAGAUCGAUGACAUAGUGAAGGCGGUGGGGAACUGCAGUUAUAACCAGCUGGUGGAGAAAAUAAUCAUCAGUAAACAGUCCAAUCGCAGCGAGCUGGUUGGGGAAGGCUACGUGGCGGAACAGUUCCUAAACAGCACAGCCACCCAGCUGACCUACCACGGCCUGUGUGAGCUUACCUCCGCCGUCCAGGAGGGGGAGCUCUGCGUCUUCUUCAGGAACAACCACUUCAGUACCAUGACCAAAUACAAGGGCCAGUUGUACCUGCUGGUAACAGACCAGGGCUUCCUGACGGAGGAGAGGGUGGUCUGGGAGAGUUUACACAACGUGGAUGGAGACGGGAACUUCUGUGACUCGGAAUUCCACCUGAGGCCGCCAUCGGGCCCUGAGACCGUAUACAGGGGCCAGCAGGACCAGAUAGACCAGGAUUACAUGAUGGCCCUUUCUCUACAGCAAGAACAGCAAAGCCAGGACCUAAAUUGGGAGCAGCUCCCAGAGGGAGUCAGCGACUUGGAGCUGGCAAAGAAGCUCCAGGAGGAAGAAGACCGGCGGGCCUCUCAGUUCUACCAGGAGCAGGAGCAGGCCGCAGCAGCCCAGGCCCAGGCCCAGGGAGAAGAGCAAGCGCAGGGAGGGGAAGCUGCUGCUGCCGCCGCCACCGCCACCAGUCCCGGGAAACAGCUGGGGAACAGCGAGCGCAAGCACAAGAAGGAGGCAAAGGACAAAGACAAGGACCGAGAGAAGGACAGAUGCGUUCUCUUGUAACGGGGGAUGGGUUUCGCUUGGAGCCAAGUACAUGCCCUGGAAAAAGCAAAACAAACAAAAAUAACAAACCCGUUAACAUACCGCCUGUGCCUGAUUUCCCACCCAUCUUCGUUUUCCCUUCUUCGUCUUCACAACUGAAGGAGAGAAAGGGUAACUACUUUGAUACAUUCGGCCAAACUUUGUUCCACAUUGCACUGUGCACUAAAUUUGUGAUGUAGGGUAUGUGGGGUUACUGUUGUUUUAUAACAAACAAAAAAAAAAAAUGUGGUAAAGACUGCGUCUUGGAAUAACAACAUGUGUUACUUUGACGAAAUCACAACACUUUAUUUUUUAAUUGAAUCAGUUAAUAAGCUAUUUUAUUUAUAGAUACAUAUACACAUGUAGAGACACCCGUUUUGUGGUUUCACUUAUCGUUUUCUCUUUCAUUUAUAAUCUCUGUAUCAGAAACCAACUACACUACUAUGCUGAUACUUUUUAGCAGCAAAAAAUGGUUGGAUCAAGGGGCCAUUCUCACCAAGCUAGGUUGUGGUACCGGAGAUAUUAUAAGAUGGGGGGGGGUGGAGAAUAUGUUAACCAGCAGUACUUUUGUGGCUACUAAAGGAAACAAUCCUAGCCCCUUUGGCUAAUGGAAAAGAAUGAGUCGCCCCUUUCAAUGUUACUUAUCUGUGGUUUUAAAGGUCUCAUCAUUUGUUUACAAGUUAUUCAAUGUUUAAGAGUUACAGUGUGUAAUGUGAUGGAUGCAAAGUGUUGAAGAGCAGGUCUUGGUAAGGUGCCACAUGUUUACUAGAUACAAACUAUCGGUUCUUGGCUGACAGAAAGAUGCAGCCUUCUUACCAAGACUUGCAGGUCACUGGUCCUGGCUGAGCAAACAGCAAAUUACAAUCGGGCGCAGUGUUACAAACUUACCUUUUAAUGUAUUCCGAACCCCGAUUUGCCUUAUUAGAACACACCCUAUGUGUUGCUCCUAUUCUAACUGCCUAGGCACUGUUAACACUAUUUAUAAUAUAAGUGUGUGUGUGUGUGUGUGUGUGUGUGUGUAUGUAGAAGAAUGAGUAAGGCGACCUUUGACCUUUGUUUCUAAUUCGAACGGUCUCAUUGUCUGCUCAUCAUCCUAGGGUGUAUCUUUUGACACUAAUGUUUGGUAGCACUUAAAGCUGCAGUGACCCACAAUUCUGAUCAGUUUUACACUAAAAAAAAUCCAUACUGUCUGUUAACUAGACUGGCUCCCAUAGUUUAGUUUUCUGUUUGGACUACAGCAGGCUUUGUUUCAGUCCAGUUUUUAAAGGGUCCCCCCCCCCCCCCCCCCCCCGCCCAGCUGAAACCUGCUGCCACCACAAUCAGUCUGUGAGCCAAAUAUUCAUGUUUUAGUUAACGACUUACAGCAACAGGUGGUUAUAAAUUGUAUAUUCAAGCUUCAUUGUAGAUCAAGAAAUGAAACAGGGAUCAGUCAACAUUCUGCAGGAAAAAAACAUUUUGAAAAUGUAAAAACAUAUGUUUUCAACAUCAUAGGACAUUACACCUUUAACUGUAGAAUUGUGGGGACCUACCUAACGCAAGGCUUCUCCAUUUCAAAUUACAGCAGUGAAUCAGUGACCAGGCAAGUGCAGGUCUCACAGCCAUUCGAAGGUUCAUAAACUCCCUACUGUAAUUAGGAGUGUAUUUUACAGCGUUUUCUAGGCAUCAUUAACAUCUUUAAAAAUCUUCUAGUGAAGGAGUCCUUGUACUUACUGUUGCAUCCUCUUCAAACUGCUAUAGUUUUUAAAUUCUCAAUACAUUCCAAAUGAAUGCCUUUACUAACCUGAGAAUGUCUGUUUUAUAACUAAUCUGCAGCUGAGACAAACCAUUAAGGAAAUACACUACAUCUUACCUGUUUUCUGUAUUUUUAUUAUGGUGAUGAUUAUGAUGAUUACGCAACACUGCAUUUAUCUCAAAAUGUAAAAAGUAAUUCAGUGUGGAGGCCUAAGUUAGACUACAUUUAAAGCCUUAUAAAAUAACCUGCAUUGUUAUAUUACACAGGAUGUAUAGGAUAAGAAAAUAAAGACAAUCUCUGGUCUCUCGUUCUAAGCGUUAGGUUUCUCCUCCACCCAAUCCUUUUCAUAAGGGACAUACCCUGAGAUCUGUGUCUUUCUCUCACCCUUCGGCAGAACUCAGUUUUACUUAUUGGGCAUCAUCAGCUUUCAGACAAGCACUACAUUUUUGUGAAAGUUUGUACACUGCCUUUAACCUCUGUAAAAACUAUUAUAACAAGAUCAGCUGGCGAGAUAAAAGCUUUGGGUGAAAGACAUCUCUUUGUUCCUCAAAUUCCUGACAGUGCAGAUGUGUGUGUAUGUAGAGGUAUGUUGUGUUAUGAAAUCUAGUGUUAACAUCCCAAAUGAAUUACUUUUUAAAAACAAUAAAUGCAGACUUUAAAAAUAAUUUUGAAGUGGCAGUAAUUGCAUGGUAUGUACUAUGCAAAACAUAUUAAUGUUGUACUGACAUGUAAGUGCUUGAUUCUUGCAGUACUCAUAGUUUUGGUAUAUGCUCUAUUUGUAUUAAUAAAACAUCUGAUUACUAAAGUUGAUUAAAUGAAGGUUUUGCUACAUUUUAGUUUUAGGUCUACCAGACAUAUCUUGUUCUUACCCAUAAUGCACUGCAUAAUACCCAUGAGCACAUGGCACUUGCAUGAUAGCACAAUAUUAAUUACUGAACCGAAAAUGAGUUCUCAGAAGACACAAUGCAUCAAAUACCUCUCAUGGCCAUCCGUAGAAGAAGAGAUGUCACUCUUUUAAUGAAAGUGACCCAUACCAUAUUAAUGGGAAUGAAGCACUCUGUGAAUAGACUUAUGCAUGUCUGGAAACCAUUUUCUUUACGUUCACAAUGACCCCUUUUUCCUUUUUGUGAUCAGUUAAGCACAGGCAUUGUCCAGUAAUUAUUUUUCCGACAUAUAGGAAUGAUGUUUUGUACACAUGUUAAAUAGCUGAUGGUAAUUAGGUGUGUGCCAAUAGGAUUGGUAGAAGUCGGUUGUGUGGAGUGCUCCAAAGUUACUGCUUUGAGAAGUUCUGCAUUAGUAGUUAUUCAGUUCUCAUAUAGUGUGAAGCCUGCAUUGAAAAGCCCUGUAGAGCAACUAUUUGUUUAUGCAUCAGUGUUCAACUAAGGUGGCUAAGAUCCUGAAAUUUUUUUUUUUUUAUGAGAUAUUUUUCUUCAUUGUAUACGCGGGGUGGGGUUAUCCCCCUCAAGAAACAGCAAAAAUACACACUAGUGAAGUAAAACAAAUUGUCUUAAAAUAUUUAUUUGAAUGCAUUGCUAUCUUUUUUAUGUGAAAAAAAUCCCAAUAUGUAUUUAUUUGUACUGCAAAACUUUAAUUCUGAAGGAAUUUUCCAUAUAUUUGUAGUAGCUGGAUGAUACAAAGUUGUGGCCUUUGUACUGUGUCAGAUCAGUAGGGUCUUUGUUGUUGCUUGUGCUCAAAGUAAUUAGCGGUAAAUGCAGUUUCUAAUAGAAGGGGGUGUUUUGUACAAUGCUGAUAUUUUUCCUGUUGUCACACUACCAUUGAACUUGUUUUAAAACAUAAGUUAUAUAUAUUUCUUGUUUGUGAUAGUCAGGAUUUUCCAAACCACAUUCCGCCAACAUAACUGCACUUUGCCUUUGUAGGGGGCCAUGUGCAAAACACUACUUAAGUGAAGUUGCGUGAUCAGAGAACCUACCACACACCGUUGAACUGGCAUAGCUAUGUCUCAUUUGCAGAGUGUGGUUUGUAAACUCUUAACACUAAGGUAGUGAGCCCCUCCAUUUCAAUAAGUUAACAUCCUUUGGUUGUUAUCAAUAUUGAUUGCAGACAUGUGGUUACCAGCAAAUACCAACAUGCAUUACCCCAUAUCUAUACUACGUGUUUCUCACUACAAAGGCAAUCUCUAAAAGACUGCAGUCCCUGCAAUGUUUUUGCACUAGAAAAAAAA